AUGCCCAUCCCCAUCUCCGGUACCAUCCCACCGCCGCCUCCUCUCCCUGGCACCCGGUUGCUUACCCGCAGCAGCAGCAGCAGAUGUCGACCCAACCAGAUAGAACGCCGCGCAGUCCCGUCUCCUGUUGUCGUCGGCGGCGGCGGCGUCGUCGUCGUUGGCGUGCUGCCUUUCACCCUGCAGCUGUCUUUCACACUGCUGGCGCUGGUCCUGCUGCUGCUUCUUCUUCUUCUCCUUCUCCAGGUCAGCGGCGGCAGCCAGAACCACGCGCGCGACGAGGCCGCGGUCGAGCAGGUCCAGCGCGGGGAGCACCAGGGCCGGGAAGAGCACGUGCAGGGUGGUGAGCAGGUGGCGGUGGGUGGCGGGCACGCGGCGGAGGGGGUUAUCGUUUCGUUCGGUGCUGGUGCUGGUUUCUCGGGGGUAUUCGUUGGUGGUGGUGGUGGUGGCUGCGGUGGUGUUAUUGUUGUUGGGUAGUGGUGGUCCUGGGUGAUGAUGUGGGGUGGGGAGGAGGGGGGUGGACGAGAUGGCGUUGAUGAGCGUGGUUAGGAGGGUUCGUGCGGUGGGGAGGGUGGUGGUCAUUUCUGUUGUUGGGUUGUUGGGUUUCCGGAAAAAGGAAUGUGAUAGAGUUGUACCCGCUUGGUCGGCUUUUGUUUGGUGAUGUAGUUUUAAGGUUGUUGGUUAAGUGAGUGAUAAUGAUGGGUAAAAUACCGAAAGUCAAGUAA